UCUAUCCUCAAAAAUGCCAGGCAAACGUAAACAAGCAGCUGUAAAAGAUGAUACCGCAAAACGACAGAAACUAGACACCAAAAAUGUUGACAAGUCUCCAAAACGUAAACAAGCUAAGCAAAAGAAAUCAGUUGUCACCUCUAAAAAAUCAGACUCAGGUGCUGUUGGCAGUUUUUCCCUGAGGGACCUCAUCUCAAAUGAAAAGUGGAGAAAGGCGCUAUCAGAAGAAAUGGAUAAGGACUAUAUCAAGGAACUCCAAACCAAAGUAGCAGAUCAUUAUAAAAAAGGAGACAGUGUAUUUCCACGUAAAGACCUUAUAUUCAAUGCUCUCAACAUGACUCCACUUGAUCAGAUUAAAGUUGUAAUACUAGGACAGGAUCCCUACCAUGAUGAUGGGCAGGCUAUGGGACUUUCAUUCUCUGUACCAAAGGGAGUUAAAGUACCUCCAUCAUUAGUUAAUAUUUACAAGGAGCUGGAAAAGGACCCAGACAUCAAAGGAUUCAAAACCCCAGAUCAUGGAAACUUAGAGAGCUGGGCAAAGAAUGGUGUCCUAUUGUUAAACGCUACUCUUACUGUAACUGCACAUCAGCCUAACUCCCAUGCUAAAUACGGCUGGCAGAAACUGACAGAUGCCAUCAUACACCUUGUCAGUGAGGAGUGUGCAGGGGUCAUCUUUAUCUUGUGGGGAGGGUUUGCCCAUAAGAAAGAGAAACUGAUCAACCAGAAGAAACAUGCUGUGAUUAAAACUGCCCAUCCUUCACCUCUGUCAUUUGGAAAAUUCAUCAAUUGUCAGUGUUUCUCAAAGGCCAACAGUGAACUAAAGAAAUUUAAGAAAGAUCCUGUCAACUGGAACCUUUGACAACUUUACGAAAAUGAAAUGAAGUAGUUCUCAAUACUUUAAAAUGACAAUUUUACAAAUAUUCUUUGCUUGUUUUUUUUCCCCUUAACUUAGUAAUACAUGUGUGACUGUGAUUUUAUAACAUUUUUCUGUAAUUAAUUCUUCAUUUUUUAAUUUCUUUCUUAAGUAUGACUGUGAUUUUAAAAUGCUAUAUUUUCUUGUUAUCAGUAUUAGAAUAUUCUUUACUUUUUUAAUUUCCUAUUUAUUAUUCAUG